GCCGUCACGACUGUCACCAACAUGGGACACGAUUCAGCCGAGCUUCCUCAUAUAUCCAAGCUUCCUGUUUGACUGGAUGAUCUUCUGAUGGAACCUCCUUCGUAUGAGGAGGCCAGUCUACACCCUCCUGCUCUGGGCACAGCACCAUUCAACAUCCUCCCUCCCCCCUACUACCACGCCUCCCUGCACUCACCCCCAACACCUCCUCCCACCUAUAGAGAAGCAGUCAGAAUCCAGCCUGAUCCUUUUCCUGUACUGACUGUGCCAACUGUUGAGACGUCACGAAACUAUGGAACCAUAAUCCAUCCACUGACACAAAUUGGUGGAGCACCGUCGGCCCGCAGCCGACAAACUCAGCCAGCAGUAGUGACGACGCAGCCGUCGCCUGUUCCCAUCUCUGUGAGACAUCUGGGAGACGUCCCUGCUGUGGUACGCUGCCCACACUGCCACAGAGUUGUCACCACUAAAGUCACAUACCUGCCUGGAAGUGCCGCCUGGUGCACAUGUGUGCUUCUUGCAAUGAUGGGGUUGAUCUGUGGUUGCUGUCUGAUACCGUUGAUGAUGAAACAUCUACAAGAUGCACAUCAUUCCUGCCCACAGUGUAAAAACCAACUGCACACACACAUAAGGUGACACUGUCAGGAUUAAUAUGGCUCCUCUUGUCCCAAUACCACUCAUAUUUCUGUCACAACAGGGAGAAAUAACAUGUUGUCAUAAGCUAGGAAUGGAAACAGCUCACUGCCCACGGGGAAGCAAGAAUGUAUUUAGGUGAUGACAAGUGUGUGAUCUAAUAUAUAUAUACAUUACACACUAAAUAUAUUGAUAUAGGACAGAGGAGUAACUUAUGCGGUUUGAGAAGUUUUUAGAAGAUUUUAUGACUGUAAAACUACGGGAAUUCAAACUCCGCUGCUGCUUUUCACUAUGAAGGAAACAAUUUCCAUCUUUUAACCUACAGGGGGUGACGCUAUAAUACCAACAAUAUUUAAUUUUCAAUUUUAAUAUGAUCUUUCUUUUAGAUGUAUGAGACAUUUUAAGGCACAACACACACACACACACACACACACACACACACACACACACACACACACACAUUUCUAAUACAUAGGAGGAAGGUAGGCUUUUGUCACUUUUGACCCUCUAUAAGAAUGUAUUGUGGGGGUUUAUAGUUAAAUAAAUGAAGAGGAAAAGAAUACUGAAUCCAUCCUUGCAUGUGCACACGGCACCAGCGUGCAGGAUGCUUUACAUCAUUACAACACAGAGGACAUUUAUGAUGAACAUGAUGAUGUCCAGCCCAGGGAUUUAAGUCAUAGUUGUGUUUAUGUUUUUUUUUGGACAAUUGUAUUUUCUAUAGAAUAUUUAUACUAAAAGAACAAAAUCUUUGUCUUUUUCCAAAUGUAUGUAUAUGAAGCUUACAUUCAUGUUUACUUUAAUGAAUUCAAUUCAAUAGCAGACAUGAUUGUCUUUGGUGAUGAAAAACAAAGCCUUUUGGAAAACCCAUUGGCUUAACAUGCUCUAAUUUAAUUUUCUGCAUAUUUAUAAUUUUAACGGCCCUGCGCAUCUAAGACAAACCCACACAGGUGAUUGGCUUAAAACACUGUUAAAAUAAGACUUUAUUAGUACAUGCCAGUGGACCUGAUGUAGUUCCGGCUCUGCCCAGCUUUAGCAGGUCUAAUCAACCAGAGGGAGUGAACUCACCUGUGUGGGCCUUUAAGGUACAAUCUGUCAAAUAUUAACACAGAAUUUGAAACUAACAACUUAGAUUGAUUUACAGAACUUUUAAUACAAAGAGGUACACAAGACAAUAACUAAACAACGUUUUUGGUUGCUGUAAAAAAUGUUUACAUCAGUAAAGUUUACUCAUAUUGGUUUAUAAUUUAAAUGUAUGAUGAGUUGAGAAACACACAAUUCUUCAGUUGUGUACACUGUGCCUAAAAGGUAUCUUGUACAAAUACAGAGGGGGUCUUUAUGUUUGUAUUGCUGCGAUGCAUACUUUGGUAUAUCACUUACCGUAUGCACAGCUCCAGGUUGAUUAUAUUAUAUCGUCUAACCUCUUUUUUUCCAAUUUAAUUUCAUGUCAUAGAUUUACUCUGUGUUAUUUCUGAGGUUUGUUAACACCAGAGAUACACAAAGUGUUUGUAUGUGAUAUAAUGUAUUAAUUAAUGAGCUUUAGAGAUGCUGGUAGACAGGCUUUGUCACCUCUGGACAGAGCCAAGCUAGCUGUUUCCCUCGGUUUCCAGUCUUUAUGCUAAGCUAACCGUGUCCUAGCUGUAGCUCCAUAUCUAGCAGACAGAUACUACAGCAUAUGAGAGUAUGGUAUCAAUCUUCUCAUCUAAACCCCUGCAAGAAAGCAAAUUAGCAUAUUUCCUAAACUGGUGAACUAUUCCUUUAAUGAUAUAGAAUUGAUAUAAUACAGGCCAUUCUUAAAAUGAAUAAACACAAAAUGCAGUUUGAUUGAUAUUUGCUGGAGUGCAACCCUUCAUAUAUCCUGUGAAAUCGACCUGACGUGAAAACCGGGUUGUGUUUGAAGGAUAUGUGUGGCGCCUGUGCUGCUGCGUCUAUGCACUCCAGCGCAAUGACUGAUUAAAGCACCUGCUUUCCCUGUCGUUGUUGUAGUAAUGUGUGACACUUAGUAUCCCAGCCAAGUUUGAUUAUUUUUAUUUUUUUUUAAUCAAAAUGUUGUCAUAUUAUUAUUUAUCAUUCUAUCAUGUUGAUAGGGAAAUAAAUAUGGUCUUGGUUACUUUGAUGACGCUGUCAAG